AUGGUCAUUCCUGAUGAUGAGAUUCUGGAUGUUGUUCCUCUCUCUAUUAUUCCCUGCGAGGCCAUUGAUUUGAACCAACCCAUUGAUGCCUCAGCUUCUGCAUGCUCCAAUCAAGGUAACUCCUCUAGUAUUCCUUCUAGUUCAACUCCUGCCACUAAUUCUAUGGAAGAUAUACACCACACUGAUCGUGUUGUAAGAGACCUAGUCACUAGAAUCCUUAACAAAGGACACUCUGUGAAGGGAGUUUCUACUCCCCUUUCUCAAAUGUACCCCUCUCCUGAGGUUGAACAACAUAGUGGGAAAACCGUGUCUGAAAAAGGAAAAUCUGUGGCAUCUAAAACUGCCAAUGCUUCCCGCUCUGAGAAGCAUGAUGAUGCAAAUGUUGUGAUUGAUCUAGAGGAUGGUAGCUUUGAUGGUCAAGAGGAAAACUUACUUCAUCACCUAGAGCCAAGUGUGGCUAAACGCAUGAAGACUCACAAAGGAAGAUCUGUGGCUGAACUUAUGUCAGCUAGAAAAGCUAAGAAGGCUGCUGAGAAGGGUGGUUGUGGAAAGGGAGUUGGAAAAUAUGUUGUUGAUGUCAAGGAGGUCAUGGACCUGAUAAAGGUUGCUGGGCUGUUGAAGACUGUGGUUGGGUUCUGUCAUUGCUAUAAAGGCUUAGUUAAGGAAUUUAUUGUCAACAUUCUUGAGGAUAUUGCUGAUAAGAACAGCAAGGAGUUUUGCAAGGUGUUUGUGAGGGCUAGGCAGGUGAACGUUAGGCUUGUUAAAAAGCAUCUUCCUGCUGGGAAGUUGACUGUCAAGUAUGCUAUCUUGCAUAAAAUAGGAGCUGCUAAUUGGGUCCCUACCAACCAUAUUUCCACCAUUGCUAAUACCCUUGGGAGCUUGGAGCAGGCUGAAGGUGAAAAUGUUGAACAUGCUAAAGAAGCUGAAGCCCACACCUCUAGUGAGAGGUCUACAAACAAUGAUGAGACAAGUGGCAAUUCUGUUUCUGGUGCUGAUGAAGUUGCAAGCUCAAGCUCUACUGAGUAG